CUCUGCCAUCCAAUGACCUCGCCGUCGUGACCAGCCUGUAUCGCUCAGUGACUGUCCCGCUGCCAGUGUUACUCCAGUGUCACUAGAGUUCACCAGUGCAUAGAUCCAUGAAGCAGACGGCGUCGGUGCGUAUACUAACUGUGUUUCGCCUCAAUAACACAACAAAGAGGUCAGUGUGGAGACAGCAGUUGGACAUUGAGCGCAGUGGUCGUGGUUAUAUGUAGCGGAAAUGGGUUGUUCUGACACACAUAGGAGCUUAUACCAAGAGAGUAGGGCGGCAACUGUCCGUGUUUAGAGCAGCACAGGUGCAGGCUCCAUCUGACACAGACGUCGCAAUUGUUUACUGGGCUUCAGGACAAGCUAGCAGCACCAACGGGCAGCGGUUAGCCGUGUGGCUGCGGGAGAGACUCCAGGCAGCAAGUUACUCACUCGAGUUCAUGAGCGAGACGGCAGUCGGAUGUUCCUCCAGAUGUGCGUAUCCCCGGCAGGUGUCAGAGGUUUGAGCCACGGCAUUGAGCCCGGCGGCCAGACGUCGCUCUCUCUCGACGCUUUCAAACUGCGCCACCUGCUGAUGUAAAGCUAGGACCCGUUUGUGUCGUUCUCGCCGCCAUUUGUUGCCAAAUUAGAUAUUUUGUGUAGUUAAAGGAAUGUUGACUCACACAUAGUGGCAUGAACUGAAUAAAAUAUCAUGUAAAAACACACGAUAAAUUAGCAGGAAACGGAAACUCCAUUCUGCGUCAUUGGAAAACCCGGAUAGUGGCUUUCUGGACUGGUAGAAUAGUGCCUUGUGCGGUUGUAGGAAUUGCUUUUUUACAUUCACUCCGCGUUUGUACGUAGAUUUUCGUCACAUUCUGGUCUAUUAAUUCAAUGUCAAAUGUAGGUUUUAAAAAGCGUGCUGAUAGUUUGCGAGAUCUUUUUUCUUAACCAUUGCAACAUAUGCAACGAAGCCCGUUUACUUUCUCAUUCUGCUUGUGCUCGCUGGUAAAAGCGUUAUUAUAAAUGAGACGAUAUCGAUGGUUAAAACGUCACCAUUUGGCACAACAGCAAGAUAUACCCAAUUACCGCCAUAACGUUUGCCAAACGAAUCCCGUCUAGUGGAGGCUCCGUUCCGGGAUUUAUGGUUUCGCUGGCUUGAGUGGGCUAAGCUAAGCUAGUUGAAAACUCACCCCGAUUACCGUCACCUGGUCACCACAUCUGUGGAUGUUGUCAUUCAUUCCAGUUGUGCGCGUUAGCCACCAACACACCCGGAUUUUACAUGAAAAAAUCUAUUUUUAUUGGGUGUUUUUGAUCGGUAGGAACGUUGAAUUGGUCUCUCUAUUACCUCGGUUUCGAAGCUAAGCUAGUAGCCUCGCAGCAAAAAUGGCGGACAAUGAAGAUGACAGCAUUUCGACUACAACAACAAUAACCACGGAGUCCACGGCAACUGCAGCUCGGCCACAGGUCACUGAGCUAAUCGAGCAUGUGGAAGGCGCAACGACUAUGGAGACCGACUCUGCGGAGAACAUAUCGGGCGCCACCCCGGAGCGGAGCUCGCAGCGCGGGGACGUUGCCCAUGAGCCACUCGGGGAUCAGGCUGUGCAGCCCGCGGAAACGACACCGGCAGCACCGGGAGUUCAGCUGGCGGAAUUUUUGCAAAGCUGCACCGAGGAGCAAAACAUUCUCGUGGAAGCGGAGGCAACGAAUGUGGCCCCGGACUUAAACACGACCACCAUCAUAUACGUGCAGCCCGAUGGCAGCCUGGUAGAGGGGUCCGGGUUGACAGCCGAGGAGCAGCAGGUCCUGCUGGAGCAGCUCACCAAGCAGCAGAUCAUCCAGGUGUCCGACACCGAGGCCAACCAGUUGCUCCAACAAGGCCAGGUGAUCAAGACGAUCCCGGUCCACAAUACGACUUUGAGUCCCAGCCAGCUGCAGGACGUGCUCAACCAGGUGGCCAAGUCCCAGCAGCAGGUCCAGGCCGCCCAGCCCAGCAUCAACCAAACCAUCAUGGUCCCUCAGCAGAGUCUGCACCAUCAGGUCCAGGCUCCACAGCAGAACCUGAAGCAGCAGGUUCAGGUGCCGCUCAAGACCGCGUCCCCCAUCAAUGCGUCCCAGCAGCUGAAGACUGUGGCCCAGCAGGCCACCGUGCAGACUGCCAGCGCAGUGUCAGUCGUCCAGGCCAAGUCAGAACCACUCAGGAUCCAGGUCCAGGGUCCACCCAAAAAGGAGGUGAAGCUCAGUCCUGCCCCCCAGCCCCGAAGUAUUCCCACCACUCAGGCCCAGGUGAAGUUAUCAGCCAAUGGCAACGUGAGCGGCACUCAGAUCAUUCACCUGCAGCCCGUGGUGGGUCAGCAGGGUCAGCAGUUCAUCCUCCAGCAAGGGCCAGGGGAACCCCCAAUUCAGCUUCUUCUGCAGAGUCCCACAUCUGUGGUGGGAUCUGUCCUCCCUUUGGUCCACAAGAUUUCAGGCCAGACGUCGUCUGCCACCGCUUCUGUGGUGGCUGCUAAACCGCUGACGUCCCCAAUCAGAGUUCAGCCUGCCGCUGCUGUUAAGACCCCUCCCACCAUCGUGAAGACAACCGCCAGCACCGCCGUGAAGACCACACUAGCCACUCCUGUCAAGAUACCAACCGUUCCUGCCCCCAAGAUUCUAACAGUACCACUGAUAAAGACCCCUGACAUUGGUGCCGCCCCAUCUGCCAGUAAGAGUCCAGUCAAACCAGCGCCUAGUGUCUCCGUUGUCCCGGCAAAGAUUCACCCUCCGGCUGUUGCCCACGCCACUGAUCCUGUGUCUGCCUCCCCGCCAGAGAAAGAAAAAGAGAAGGUGAAGAAGUCGAAGAAGAAAGACAAAAAAGCUCUGAAAGUGCAGACCAGGUCUGGGAGAGUCUCCAGACCACCCAAGUACAAAGCCAAAGACUACAAGUUCAUCAAGACAGAGGACCUGGCUGACAGCCACCAGUCUGACUCGGACGACUACUCUGACAUGAGUAUGGAGGAGGAAAGUGAGGCCGGGAAGCUGGCUGACUCCGAUACCACCUCCUUAUCCUACAGCCACAAGUCCCGCUCUCACAGGUGCAAGACCUGCGACAAGGCCUACAUUGGACAAGGAGGCCUGAAUCGUCAUUACAGACUGAACCCCACCCACGGAGAGCCGGAACCCCCUGACACCCCGCAGCAGGAGCGCGGCGACGACAGCCAGUCGGAUGAAGCCGCGUCAGCCCCUUCAGCCAGUGUUGCUGAUGAUUAUGACCCGGAGGAAGACAAGUCUUCUCCCAUGGAAACAAACGAAGAAGAUCCAGCUGAAGGUGUGGAAUUCAGGGGGUUCCAUCAUCGCGGUCGUGGUCGGCCUCGGGGGCGCGGCCGGGGCCGUGGACGGGGAAGAGGGCGGGGCAGACCGCUAGGACUCCCCCCGAAGGUGCCAGUUGGACUCAUCAGCAGGAGGGGCCGACGCGGUCGUCCCCCGAAGCUUGCUGUUGCCAUGGAAACAGAGGAGCAGCUGGAAGAGCGGAGGAAAGAACAACUGGAGGAGCUGGUGGAGCAGUGUGAGGAUGAAGAGCUGAUGGACAUCGUUCUUCCUCGUUUGACCCAAGUGUUAAGUCUGUGGGAGCUGCUGCUUGCCAAGGUGGAGCGCAGCGGCCCCGUUCGUGGCGGCCUGCAUCAUGGCGGGCUGGUGCGAGGACGCUUCCCGGAAAUCUACCGCGAGUUCGAGUCCCUUCAGGCUCAGGUCAAACAGAUGGCCCAGGAGUACAUCAACAGUCCUCAGAGUGGAGCUGCGCCGCUGGAGGUGCGAAACAUCGAGGUGGCCAAGUCCCUGGGAAUCCUGGACGAGGUCAACCGGAUGAAGGUUUUUCCCGGCGUGUCUCCGAGCCCCUCGAUCAACAACAAAAAUAGUCGAUAUAUGGAGAAUUCCAAGAUGUUGCCGCCGUCAAAGAGAUUCAAGAUGGAGAACAGUGAUCCUGGUUAUCAGAACGGUGUGGAGUCCUCCAGAGCAGGUGUGAGUGCCGUUUCACUUGCCACCACAUCAAGUGUCAAGUCUGCCACAUCAUCUCUAGUGAGCACCUCUGGAUCUGCCACCCCAGCACAGAGUUCCUCGGCCGCGGAGAAGAUGCCCCUCCCCCAAGCUCAUUCACCGGUGUCCCCCAUGGAGGUGAGCACCAGUGACGCCCCGGGAGGAGAAGCUGACCCCUUGAUGGCUGGGCAGGAUCAGGCCCUGUGCCCGAGCGAGAUCGCAGCCCAGGUGAUGGAACUGGAAAAGGUUCUGGCUCCAACUCCGGGCCCGAAAGACGGGACUGCCCAGACCCCAUCUCCUGACGUGAAGACCGACCACACGGGCCCGGCUUCUUCCAGCUCAGAUCCGACUCCUCUCUCCCAGGGAGCCGGGACUCAGGCGUCCACCACGCUCCAGGUUCCAGAGUCCAGCUCGGUCCAGGUUCCUGAACCCAGUUCGUGUCACGCGGCGCCAGCCAAAUCUCCCACCGGGAACCAGCGGAGUGAGACCUCUGGCGAGGAGACCUUCAUCCAGACUGACAAAGUGGCCGCAGACCCAAGUCCGGACCAGAUUGUCAUUGUCAACGGGCCCGAUGGAACCACAAUGCACAUCCAGACCCCUGAGGGGGUCCCCUUAGAUGCAGUCCAGGCCCUUCUGGGCAUCGAGGCCUCAAAUGGAGCCAAAGCAGCACAGUGACCAGUGAGCCGCCGCCUGAGUUUGGUGAGAGGUGUGUGUGUGUGAUGGAAGUGCUGACCCACAUUUGGACCUUUGAAACAUCUGGAUUCAUUAGUCGGACAAAUGCAGCUGCUGUCUUAAAACGGAGGACCUGCUCUGUGGUUCCUUCCAGUCCCGUCUGUGUCAUGACAAGAGGUACCUGCAGGGGGUGCUGGAGGCCUUGGGAGUCGGGCAGAACCCACAGAUGGACACCAGCUAUUUUUCCACUUGCUCAUCCUCCAAGUAACUUCUGCGGAGUCAAACAAACAAAUUUAGGACGGUUUCCAUGAGGCCGCGUGUGUGCGCGCGCAUCAGAAGAUCCUCCGUUUGAGCUGAUGUUGCUGGUGUCAGUGGAUAUUUAACACGCCUGAUCAAUAACAGCUGGUUCCAGCAGUAACCAAUAGACUCCUGAGUAGCGCCGCAUCAUUUAACACCCGUCACUUGAAGUAGUUGUGGGUGGGCUCAUGCUGUCACGUGACCAUUUCAACGCUGGUUUUUAACAGACCACGUUCAGGUUGUAAAUGUGUACAUUUGUCCUUUUUUUUUCAUAUUUGUUCCUUUAAAAGUAGAAGAUUAAUUAGUUGGCUGUUUUAUAUGUAGACCAGGAUGGAAAACUAAGUUCAAAGUUGCACUAUUUUAUUACAUUUUAUAUGAAAAUAAAAAAACAGUGGACUCGUGGUUUGUACUCGCAGGACGCAGUCCGGAUGGCUUCCCGGGCCGUCAAAACACAUGACGUGAAGUCCUGCUCUUGUUGGACGAACUGAUGAAGCGCCCAGUGUUGGAGGGAUCCAACCAUAAAGUCAACAUGUGCUUUCACUCUGAAUGUGUCCUGAUGUUGUUCCAAUGUCCUCUGAUGUGCAUUUCUAUCUCACAGUUACAUUUUCCUCACCUGUAGUCCGUCAAUACAGAAUUUCUUUUUAAC